CUUUUUGUAGCGGAUUCGCUUUCGCAGGUGACGUGUUGGAGAUUUUGGUGAUCGUCUCAUCAUACAUUCAUCGUCAUCGCUAGCUAGAAAUCAAGCAGGAAUAUUCCGAACGGAUAUUGGUUUUGGUUGCGAAAUUUUGCUGGUGUUUUAUUUUGAACCGAACGGGUGAGUAGUAUCUUAUUCCUCCGAAAAUGGCUCUGAUGACGAUGAUUGCCCGGGUCGUCGACGGUCUUCCACUGGUUGGGACGAUGCAGGAAGAUGAGCAGUCUGGAAGGAGUGUAUUGGAAUACCAGAAUCAGGCCAAGAUGCUGUUCCGUAAGCUUGGACCAAACUCCCCGGCCCGCUGCAGCAUCGAAACUGGUCCAUAUUUGUUUCACUACCUGAUUGAGAAUGAGGUCUGCUAUCUGGUGCUCUGUGAUAAGAUGUUUUCCAAACGGAUUGCAUUCAACUACCUGGAGGACAUUGCUCAAGAAUUCCACAAUAACUACGGUCGGAAGGUGAACUCCGUCACCCGGCCUUAUGCUUUCAUUGAGUUUGAUAUCUACAUCCAGAAGGCAAAGAAAUCGCUUACCGACAGGCGAAGGAACAUCAACACGAUCAACACGCAGCUGCAGGAUGUGCAGCGGAUAAUGGUCCAAAACAUAGACGAUGUUCUGCAGCGUGGCACAGUUCUCUCAGAGUUGGACACAAAAACGCAAAACCUCUCGAUGCUGUCCCAAAAGUACAAGAAAGAUGCCACCUAUUUGAACCGGAAAUCGCUGUACGUAAAGGGAGCCGUCGCCGGAAUAAUAAUAAUAGUGUUCAUUCUAUACUUUUGGGUCAUUUAAUCUCGCCAAUUCCCUAAAUUAAUAACUAUGCGCAGCAUGGAGGAAUGAUAAUGACACAUUUUUGAGUGAUAUGAAACUGCAACUGGAGGAAGUGAAAUUGAUUGAGCAUAGUUUAGAGGGUAUGGUGGAAAUGCAGGACGUUUAGACAUGUUUUGGGCCAAAUUUAAAUGCAACAGGUUAAAUGAAAGUAUCGAAGUGUACUGUGUGCUGGUUACAGUUUUAUUAAAUGAGUUAUAGGGAUAGUGAACCUACUGUUUAUUGUUUGUUUAUGUGAAGUUACAGCUCCCAUCCAAUAAUUUUCUAUACUAUUCCUGUAUGACAACACUUACUGUUUGUAGUAGCAGUCCUUUCAACUAUAGAAACAAAUGAAACAGUUGUAAAUAUUUCAAAUGAAAGACUACUUGAAGCACGGCUUAGAACUACAAACAAAUGGAAAAACGAAAAACUAUCGAGGAAUCUAAUAUAGUGUAUAUCACAUAUUCCGUUAAGUAAAAAAAAGGAUAUUUAUGUUUGUGUUCCGACAUUAGUUAUCAAAAUAAUAUUACUGUACUUGUUUUGCAGUACUUCCUAAGGCAUGUAAACCAUUCAAUUUUACUUU